AUGGACGCCGAGCGCGCCAAGCGCGAGGAGCUCGAGGCUAACCACCACGCCCUACUUGCAACGUCGAAGUCGCAGGAGCUCGACCAACGUCGAGAACUCGACACCGCCCUCGAUGAACUUGAGUCACUGAAACGUAAACAUGCCAAUGAUCUACUAGACUGGGAGACAGAGGACAGGAGAAAGGACAGGAAGGUUAGGGAGCUGGAGGAGGAUGUGCGGCUGCGAGACGAGGACCUCGAGCGCGAGCGCGAAACGGUGAAGACUCUGCGCGCCACCGUAUCUCAACAGGCGACGGCUCAGCUGACCCUGAACUCGCAAGUCACCGCCCUCCAAGCCCAAGUAACUGCCGUUCAGAUUGCGCUCGACAACUCGUCCAACUCGGCCGCAGAACUCGCUCUCAAGCUUGAAGCCGCAGAGAAGAGGAUUGCCGAACAGGCGCAGGAGAUUCGCGAUGCCGAGGCCCACAGGCGAAAGUUGCACAACAUGGUGCAAGAGCUCAAGGGCAACAUCCGUGUCUUCUGUCGUGUACGACCGCUGUUAUCUUCAGACAUACCGUCGUACGCACUGGUCAGGUCGGGUGGAUCCAACUCUCCUAGUCCACCACCGGAGAACCAGGUGCUGGUGAGAGAGAAGCUGCGCGCGGAUAUCAUGUUCCCCGACAAGAUGGACCACAAGGAGAUUGUACUGCGGUCCUCGAGCGAAAGUGCAACAGGACAAGAGCGCAAGGAUGAGUGGCAGUUCUCAUUCGACCGUGUUUUCGAACCACAAUCUACCCAAGCGGAGGUCUUCGAGGAGAUCUCUCUGCUUGCACAAAGCUGUGCGGACGGAUAUAACGUUUGCAUCUUCGCGUACGGUCAGACCGGCUCUGGCAAAUCCUUCACUAUGGAGGGUGGACCUACUGAACCUACGAUUGGUAUGAUUCCUCGAGCGGUUGAGCAAGUCUUCCGGGUGACCGAAGAGCUCCAGAGCAAGGGCUGGGUCUACCAUUUGGAGGGGCAAUUCCUCGAGAUUUACAACGAGACCAUUAAUGACCUGCUUGGCAAAGCGGAAUUCGACAAAAAGAAGCACGAGAUCAAGCACGACAAGUCUGGGCGGACAUCUGUCACCGACAUCGACGUCAUUCCGCUCACGUCACCGAACCAAGUGCGCUCGUUGCUCUCGAUCGCACAGUCACGGCGAACCGUUGCCAGCACCCUCAUGAACGAGCGCUCAUCACGUUCGCACUCUGUUUUCACGCUACGCAUAUGCGGCGAGAACGCGGCCACAGGCGAGACAUGCGAAGGUUGUCUGAACCUUGUCGACCUGGCUGGAAGUGAACGGCUGGAUAAGAGUGGCGCGGGUAACGACAAGGACCGCCUCAAGGAGACGCAGAGCAUCAACAAGAGCUUGAGUGCACUUGGCGAUGUCAUCGCUGCCCUCGGCGAAAAGGGCGACGGUAAGAACGAUAAGCACAUUCCGUACCGGAACUCGAAGCUCACGUACCUCUUGCAAAACUCGUUGAGCGGAAAUUCGAAGACGCUGAUGGUGCUGAACCUGUCGCCUUUGGCGGCCCACCUCAAUGAAUCUCUUUGCUCUCUGCGGUUCGCUACGAAGGUCAAUAAUACAACAUUGGGUACAGCGAAGAAACAGAUCAAGAGCUUGGGCUCAUAG